UACUACAUACGUCGAUCAAAGUGUUAGUUGCUAGCAGUACUUCACUCAUCACUGCAAGCAGAAGCAGUGCAGAUGAUAAAAGGGACGCGCACGCAUAUCAAACCAUCUCAAACAGUGGCAAAUAAAGGAGGAGCCGUGCCUUUGGGAAAGAAAGAGGGGUGGCCACAUUUGUGUUUCUGGGUCAGGAUGUGCAAUCCCAAUGGCGACUGCAUCAUUGCCCACACACAAAAAGAUGUAAAAGACGGCCUACAGUUCCACUGCAUCCACUACCCGGCUAAGCUAGGUUUCUGUACCCAAUCUCGCCCAUCUUUUUCUUCAGAGGGAAAAAAGGCGUACCUGAAACGAUUCUCUCCUCUCCUCCCUUGCUUCUAGUAUAGCAUUCGUCUCUCGCCAACGCCCAAGCCAAGAGGAGAAUCGCCUGGUCGGGCCAAGACACUAUAAAAUUCUGCCGCCUGCAGCUGGGAUUCUAGCUUGUCUGAAGCAAGCAAGUCAUCAGCAGCCACUGCCAUAGCAUACCGGCGGGCAUGGGGAUGAUGGGGUCGUGCCUCGGCGGCGGCCUGCCGGUGGCCGUCAUGCUCUGCCUCAACGUGGUGGCGGCGGUCAUGGUGUCGCUCGUCAAGGUGGCCAUGGACGGCGGCAUGAACCCGCUCGUCAUCGUCACGCUGCAGCAGCUCACGGCCUCCGUCUUCCUCGCGCCAAUAGCAUUCUUCAAGGAGAGGAAGUCGAGGCCAAAGCUGACGCUGGAGAUCUUCGCCUACAUCUUCGUCAGUGCGGCGCUCGGCGCUGCUCUGCGUCAGUACAUGAUCUUCGUGGCCCUGCGCUACACCACGGCCACCUUCGUCACUGCCUUCUCCAACAUCGCCCCCGUCCUCACCUUCCUCCUCGCCGUCGCCACGCGGUCAGAAGCUCUGAACCUCAAGUGCAAGACGGGCAUGGCGAAGCUCGCGGGCACGCUGGUCUCGCUGGGCGGCGCCAUGGUGCUCACCUUCUACAAGGGCGUCGCCCUCACCCACGCCGGCUCGCACCUCCAUUCUCACCACCACCGGCCGCCGGGAGGAGGAGCCGCCGCGGAGGCCGUCAGCCGCGGCAAGUGGACGCUGGGCACGGUGGCCAUCCUGGGCAACUGCGUCUGCCUCUCCUGCUGGUUCCUGCUCCACGGCCGCCUCGCCAGGAAGUACCCGCACGUCUACUCCUGCAACGCCCUCAUGUCCAUGUUCAGCUUCCUCCAGGUCGCCGUCGUCGGCCUCUGCACCCAGCGGAGCAUCACGCCAUGGAUCAUCACCAGCAAGUUCCAGAUCCUCACCGUCCUAUACGCUGGCAUCGUCGGGUGCGGCGUGUCGUUCGUGCUGGUGACAUGGUGCAUCGAGAAGAGGGGCGCCGUGUUCGUGGCCGCCUUCAUCCCCGUCGUGCAGAUCAUCGUCUCCGUCAUUGACUUCUCCAUCCUGCACGAGCAGCUCUACCUCGGAAGCGUGCUGGGAUCGGUUCUUGUGAUCGGCGGGCUGUAUCUCCUGCUGUGGGGCAAGAGGCAGGAUGCCCUGCACUGUCCUCCAAAGGUUGCCGAAGACCCUGAAAAAGAGCAGCAGCAGCAGCAGGCGGUGCACACCUGAAGAUCGACACCAUCCACUGACUGUUGGGCGUUGGGUUGUAACAGUUGCAGCAAUAAGAUCUCCCUAGCCCCUUUUCUCUCUCUCUCUCUCUUUUGGUGUGUCAGGAGGGGCAAUGAUGUUCUUCUCAGAUGAGUCUGGUGCCAGCAAAGUGUUUAGAUUCUAAUCCAAACAGUAGAGUCAUCUUAAAUCGUACUGAUAGCAACAUCAUAGAAGGACUCACUAUCACCCAUUUUGUAGUCCUCUUGACAAAUAUAUACAGAGUACUGGAGAGCAGAUUUUCUGCACAUUAUAUGUAGGCACCUGCUCACCUUUUCUUAUAA